CAUUCCGGAAGUAUCGCCAUCCGGAUGCUUCGAGAAGAGAACUCGCAUCAUAUAAGUCGUGAAAAUGGCAGAUCGUCAGUUCUUUACGAUGCCUUUUAACCAAGCACAAAUGAGGAACGAUCCGUUACCUACAGGUUGGGAAAUGAGAUUUGAUAAUGUGUCAGGAUGGCCAUACUUCAUUGACCACAAUACAAGAAAUACUACGUGGCAAGAUCCGAGAAAUAUGAUGGGUCAUCAGCAGCACCCGUACUCUGGCUUCCGUGGGGGUGUACCUGAAGGCAAGACGGUGGAGAUCCCCGUGAGGUACGAAGGCCCCAAAGACCCGCACAAAAUGGGUCACGGCAUCAACGCUGCCCCCCCACAGCAUCACAACCACCACCCUCCCGGCGGGCCGCCCCAGCCAUACCCAGCCCCGGCGCCCGAGCCCAUGGAUUACCAGUCCCAGUCGGGCACCCUGCCACGGAAGCGAGGCGAUGUGUGGGAGAUUCCGAUACAGCACAUGGGUCAGGAUAACGUCCCGCCGCACGCCCAGCACCCGCAAGCGCACCCACCGCACGCCCAGCACCCGCAACAGCAGAUGCACUACCCGCACCCACAAACCCACCCCCAGAUGCAGUACCCACACCCACAGGGGAUGCCGCAGCAGCAGCCGCAGCCGCAGCAGUUCCCCCCUCCAGCCAGCGUGGACUACUCCACCUACCCCCAGUCGGGCCCCAUGCCCCAUGACGGUGGUCACCACCACCACCACCAACCCCCUCAGAACCCCCCUCACCAGCCCCCACAGCACCAACAGUCCCCGAGGGGGCCGGUGAAUAUUCCCAUCAUUCGGGAAAACCAUCGCGGAGUAAGCCCUGGCAGGGCAAGCCCACGCCCGCAGGUGCCCAUGCAAAGCAGCCCGCGGAAUAGCCCACGGGCCAGCCCGCGACCCGACUUCUCCCAGGCCAUCCCUCAGUCGGCACAGCAGUUCCAGCAACAGCAUCGCCCGCAGGAGCCCUGCCCGGAUUAUAACAGUCACGAAGCGACGCUGCCUCCUCAGGCUACGCUCGGCCCUCAGCAGCCGGCUCGACAACCGUCGCCCUCUCCACAACAACAACAACAGCAACAACAACCACCACCACAACAGCAACAACAACAACAACCACCACCGCGUCAGCCUUCGCCGCAGCCCCCGAGAACUCCGGAAGAGAAAGCGUUUGACAUAAUCAACGGCGUGAUGAACGAGGUCAAGUCGCUGGAAGAGCAGGUGAACCCGUUCCGGGGGAAGAAGACGGACAAGGAGUACAAGUACCUGGAGGAGAUGCUCACCCGCUCCCUCUUGAAGCUGGAUUCCGUCGAGUCGGGCUCGAUGGACAACGUGAGGCAGGCACGGAAACAGGCCGUCAAACUCAUAGAGGCCACCCUCGAUCUCUUAGAACUAAAAGCAGUGGCCGGGGAGACGAACAUGCCUUCUGGAAACCCCCCCAGCUCCAAUUCGCAGCCCUCUAGCGGCAGUAGCGGUAACACGAACAAUUCCUCGGGUCCGGCGCCACAGAAUAGUCAGGCUGCGGGCCCGUCGAAGGGCAAGGACCCCAGCAGGGUGAAAGAGAUGCAGUUAGACAGUGAGAUAGCGUGCUAGCUGGUGGCUGUUCUCGAGCUGUGAUAUCUUAGCAAAUGGUGACAUUUCUUCCUCAGUAGCCUCAGCUACAGACAUUGUAAUGCCCCCCCCCCCCCCCCUCUCUUACCCCGCAGCUAAGGAGAAAUACUAUACUACUCUCCGCUCCACCUCCCUUCGCUUCUAAGGAGAUAGUACCCAGAUGAAAAAGCUGAUAGGAAAGGAUCCCCCCACCCUGCUUCCCAACAUAGAUAUAUAUAUAUAUGUAGUUUAAAAAGACUCCUGUGUGUAGAUCAUGUAGUAGUUAAUUAGUUAUUUUAUUAUGUUUUAAAAAAAAUCGCUGCUUUCGUGAUUGAUGCUAUUUGAUGGGAUUUGUUUCACACCUGAAUUAUAUUCCUCUCGUUCGAUGCGUCGUGGUGGUGAGGUUUGAACGCAAUUCGUGAAGGAAUAUUUCCUGUUUUGUCAUGGUGUUUAAACCAUCAUCAUAUCUUGUUUGUUUCAGUCGUCUUAUAGUGAUAAUUUGUUAACAAUAAAUGCUGUAGUGGUUUGUACACAUAUUUAAUAAUCGCGUGAAAAUCAAAUCUUGAAUUCAUGUUUUGUUAUUUCUUUUGUUGUUCAAACACCAUGUUUUUUUAUUGUCGUUUGUUUACUACUACACACAACAUUGCCUCAAAUUGUUCCAUCUGGGGCGUAGCAAAGCUUGUACAGGAUUUUGUUCUCACAGUGUGAAAUCCAGAAAUUUGAAGGGAUGUCAGAGAAGUAUUUUCAGAGAGUCGUUUUGGCCUGGUUAUUUCUUGAAUUUUUAUAGGUUACUUCUACACAGAAAGUUUUAGAAAGCGUAAACCUAUUACGGUACCUUUGAGUGUGAAAGGCAGAUAUGUAUACCCCGCAUAUGUCCUUUUUAAAAUCCCUUCUCUUUACAUUUGUGGGUGGAAAGGGUAACUGUUAGCUCAGUUGGUAUCAUGCUGGGCUACGGAGCAGAAAGCCCAGGUUCGAAUCCCGUUUUGUGGAGUUUUCAAAGCUCUCAACCCGUUUGACCCGAUUCUGUCGCAGAUCGGCGUUGAAUUUGGAGGUCCUGCCUUUUGGAUAUAAACCUAAGAAUAGAAGUGCUGAUAGGCGCGUGAAACCUAAGCUUUAAAACACUUACUUACUUUUGAGGAGGGGAACUGGUGUCAGCGAGUAGUGAGGAGUGGAUGUCUUCAGUAUGCCUAGUCACAUGUUGUCUUGUCAGUGCUACUGGUCAAUCUAUAGCUGUUCCCGUUCGUUUUUAAGCAAGAACAAUUCUGAAAUUAUGCAAAAUGAGCCCAAAAAAGUGAAAUUAUGCUAUUCUGUUAAUUUUAAUUAACAAAGAAUGAUAAAGGAAAAUAAUAAGAAAUUAAAGCAAAAAAUGAUCAAAUUUUGCUAAAUUACGCGGGGUGCAUAUAAAACCAUGGGGACAGCUAUAGGUCAUCACUGUACGUACGCUGUUGGUUACAUCAAAGGGACAAAACAAAUGUCUUGCCGUAAUUUAUUUCAUGGUAUAGAUUUUACUGCUCUCCUGAUCAAAUUAAAUUGUAUCCACUGUUAUGAAUACUGUAAAUAGUACGUUUUAUAAAAAUUAAAAAAACAACAAAUAACCAAAGUAAGAUUUCUUUUGUCAGUUUGCCUCAUGUUUUUCAAAGUGAUGAUUUUGUUAUUUAUAAUAUUAUUUCUCCACACAACGAGAUAUUCAUUUUCAUAUUAUAUUACAGAUAAAACAAAGCAUCUGAUGAAAUAA